CUUCACCCUGAUGGCAGCAAUGAAUCCAUUCUCUGAAAAGGACUCACUUUGUCCUCAGUGCUCUGACAUUUUUUGCUUUCCUGUUCUCUUACAAUGUGGCCACAAUGUCUGCAGAGUUUGUUUACAGAAAUUCUGGGAAUGGAAAGGAUGUUGAGAAUGUCCUGUGUGUUGCACAGUGUCCGUCCCCGGGAGACCUAUCAAUCUGGCACUAAAGAUAGCUGCGGACAAAUAUCAAGCGCAAAGGAGCAGCAGGGAUUGGGAUGUUUGUUUUUUUUCACAAUGAAAAGCUGGAGAUUUUUUGUCAGGACAACAAAGAGCCCACCUGUGCCAUGUGCCAAACAUCAAAACAGCACAAAGUUCACGAGUGCUGCCCAAUAGUGGAGGCGGCUCAACAAAAAAGCAGAAAUUUCAGCCAUGCUCAAGUCUUUAAGGAAAAGGCCCAGACUACUGAACAAGACAAAGCAGCGCCAGCCUCCUCAAAAUCACAGACCCAAGCGUAUCAAAACAAGAAAAUGAUUAAGGAGGAGUUUGAGAAGCUACACUUGUUCCUUCAAGAGGAGGAAAACAGUCGGCUGAAGGUGCUCAAACAGGAAGAGGAAGUAAAGACACAGGUGAUGUGUGAGAAGCUGAAAAAUGUCAAAGACCAGACUGAAGCCCUCUCUUCCACCAUCAGGGAUAUUGAGACAGACCUCAGAGCAAAGGAUCUACCAUUUUUACAGGUACAUUUAGAGCCACUAUACAAUUCCCAAGAGGACAGUGGCCUCCACAAUCCUUAA